AUGAUCCCCAAGCCCGCAUCCGUUUUGGCCUUGACGAUGGUCGUCUGCAUGUUUGGCACAGUCUAUUCCAAGCACGCUCACAGCUUUGCCCACUUCCACGGGCCGGUGGAGGGCCAUCAUCAUGAAAUAACCAUUCCCGAUAAGCAUGGACAUCAUCACACCGUCGAUUACGUCGCUCAUCCCAAGUAUAAAUUUGCCUACGGCGUCGAAGAUCACCACACCGGAGAUUUCCACGGGCAGAAAGAGCACCGCGACGGUAAACACGUAACGGGUGAAUAUACUAUCAAAGAGCCAGGUGGCAAUAUACGGACGGUCACUUAUCACGCCGAUCCACACGGCGGCUUUUUCGCCCACGUCCAUAAUAGUGGCGGUAACGACCACUCGGGCGGUACUUAUGGCGGCCACGGAGCCUACGAGCAGCACGACCAUGGUCAUCACGGGCACUAUUAA